AUGGCGUCCAUGAAAGAUCCUUUUGAGUUCCAGGAUUUUGAUGAAGACUCUGGUAACCUUUUGGAGCCCAGGAGAGAUGCAGUAACUAUCAGCAUUGAGCAUGAAGAUGUCAAAUUUGAGAAAAAGUCUGCUCCUCCUAGUGCUGAUGCAUAUGAGGAAGACCCAGAGACCAGCGAUGACCAGGCCAAGCUUCUCUCUGGACAGAAGAAAACCCCUGCUUUCUGGACCUUCGAGUACUACCAGAAAUUAUUUGACGUUGACACACACCAUGUUAAGGAAAGAAUAAUAGGCUCUUUGCUGCCAUGGCCUAGGAAAAACUUUGUCCAUACCUACCUUCGAAGAAAUCCGGAUCUAUAUGGGCCCUUUUGGAUCUGCACCACUCUUGUAUUUGCAAUUGCCAUCAGUGGAAAUAUUUCAACCUUUCUGGUGAAUUUAGGCAACUCCAACUACAAAUACACCCCAGAGUUUCGGAAAGUGACAAUAGCUGCCACGGCCAUCUUCAGCUAUGCAUGGCUGAUUCCUCUGGCUCUGUGGGGGGUCCUGCUGUGGCGGAGCAACAAGGUCAUGAACAUAGUGUCGUAUUCCUUUAUGGAGAUCGUCUGUGUGUAUGGAUAUUCCCUGGCUGUUUACAUACCGGCUGUGAUCAUUUGGAUUCUCCCGUUCGCGUGGCUGCAGUGGUUGUCCAUUCUGGUCGCUCUGUGCCUCUCUGGGUCCGUCCUGGUGCUGACGUUUUGGCCCGCCGUUCGAGAUGACCACCCCAAAGUUUACAUCACCAUCCUUUCCACCAUCGUCACUUUCAAUGUGCUGCUCGCCAUUGGUUGUAAAAUGUAUUUCUUCAGCAAACCAGAAAAUCUUCCUGAAAAACCCCCCGGUCCUACUGUCGCAGUUAAAUUAUCAACAUGA